CUGUGCUGCCAGCAGAGGGCACACUUUGACCGUCUCCUCCAUGAACCGGAACAGUAUGCUUUCACCUUGGGUGCAGAACGCUGUGGGGAGGCACACAUUUUAUUUUAGCUAGAAAUUUGACUUUCAAAUGCAAGAUAAAUGUCCCUGUAGCCUUGCAGCGUGCCGGUCUGUUCUUCAAACAGAGAGGAACCAUGAAACAGGACGUCAGGAUUCUGUUAUUGGGGGAACCCAAGGUGGGGAAGACUUCUCUCAUCAUGUCUUUGGUGGGAGAGGAGUUUCCAGAAGAGGUUCCCGCCAGAGCUGAAGAGAUCACCAUCCCUGCUGAUGUGACCCCAGAGAAGGUGCCCACACACAUAGUCGACUACACAGAAAAAGAGCAGAGUGAUGACAUCCUGAGAGAUGAGAUCAUCAAGGCUAAUGUGGUGUGUGUAGUGUAUGAUGUCACCAACGAAGACACGAUAGACAAGAUUAAAACAAAAUGGAUACCUUUAGUAAACGGAAAUGCAGAGAAAGGCAACAAAGUUCCCAUCAUUCUUGUGGGGAACAAGUCUGAUCUGCGCUGUGGGAGCUCAAUGGAAACCAUUCUUCCCAUCAUGAAUCAGUUUUCUGAGAUUGAGACAUGUGUAGAGUGUUCUGCAAAGAACCUAAAAAACAUCUCAGAGCUCUUCUACUAUGCACAGAAGGCAGUUCUUCACCCUGCCCCUCUUUACGACCCUGAGGACAAGCAGCUAAAACCACUGUGUGUCCGAGCCCUCAGCAGAAUAUUCUACGUUUCCGACCAGGACAAUGACCGGAUCCUCAGUGACGCUGAACUCAACAGCUUUCAGAAAUCCUGCUUUGGCAACCCUCUGGCACCUCAAGCCUUAGACGACGUGAAGACAGUGGUUUGGAAGAACACCAGCGAUGGAGUGCAGGACAACGGGCUGACCCUAAAUGGUUUCUUGUUCCUUAAUACAUUAUUUAUCCAGAGAGGGAGACAUGAAACCACAUGGACAAUCCUCAGGAAGUUUGGUUAUGACGACAACCUCGAGCUGACGGAUGACUACCUUUAUCCUGAAUUACGAAUCCCCGUUGGCUGCACCACAGAGCUCAAUCAGUUUGGUCACCAGUUUCUUCAGCGGCUCUUUGACAAGUACGAUGAAGACAAAGACUCUGCCCUGUCACAGGCAGAGCUGAAGAACCUCUUCUGUGUGUGUCCUUACAUGCCGUGGGGCGCAGACGUCUACAUGAGCGUUCCAACCACAGCCGAGGGCUACAUCUCUAAUCACGGCUACCUUUGUCAAUGGACGCUUUCUGCAUACCUUGACAUCCACCGUUGCCUGGAGCACCUAGGAUACCUAGGCUACCCAAUCCUCACUGAGCAGGAGUCACAGACUGACGCAAUCACAGUAACACGUGAAAAAGCGGUGGACCUGGAAAAAGGCCAGACGCAGCGGUCUGUGUUCUGCAAAGUGAUUGGACCGCGGGGAACUGGAAAGUCCGCCUUCCUCCCCUUUCUGGGCCGCAAUGUUGUGACUAAGGAAAACUCCAGCAGUGCCUUCUCCCCCUAUGCCAUAAACACUGUCCUAGUCAGCAAGCAGGAGAAGUACCUCAUCCUCAAUGAGGUGGAUGUGGAGGUGGAAUUCUUGAAGGCAUCGGACGCUUCCUGUGACGUUGCUUGUCUGAUGUACGACGCUAGUGACCCUCAUUCUUUUGACAAUUGUGCCAGCAUAUACAAGCAACACUACAUGGAGAGCAACAUCCCAUGUGUGCUGGUUGCCUCCAAAGUCGACCUUCCUGAAGCCAAGCAGUUCCACGGGAUGACUCCAGCAGAGUUCUGUUAUAAACACCGACUGCCUCCACCGCUGCCCUUCUCCAGCCUGUACCUGGAGUCCACGAGCAAGAGCUAUCUACAGCAGGACUUGCCUGGUGCGGCCAUGUACCCACACCUGAACGGUUCAGACAUGUGCAGUACCUCAUUCUGGCUGAGAGUAGCGUUGGGUUCAGCCGUGGUUGCAGUUUUGGGCUUUGCUAUUUACAGAGCUGUUGUCAGAGUGAAAUGAUCAACAGCAACCUGCUGUUCAGCCUGUCACUCCAUCCGUCAAUCCAUCCAUCAAGACCAAACCACCAAGACCAGAUCUAGAACCACCGCAGUAUGAACUAAACCUAGUCUGCAUCAUUUUUCUUUUUACCCCAAAGACUGCCCAUCUCAACGUCUGACUUCUUCACUUGGUCCUACGCUGUGAGUCAGUUGACCACAAUAGUUCAAGGCAAAUGGAAGCUACUGAUCAUAUUAAUCCCUGCGCUGCUUUGUCCAGCUUUAUCUGCCUUAUGUCGCCCAACCAGGCUUGCUCCGAGCGAGUCUGGUGCAUAGAAACAUGGAGAACUGCUCAUGUCCAAACAGGUGCUUUAUCAGAGGGGGGGAAAGGAAGAAAGCCGCGUCCAACCUAUUGCUAUCUGCUCAGUGUUAAUGCUCAGAUUGGAGAGAUUUUGUAUACAGUAAAAGCCGUUUCCUAAGCUUAAUAUUAAAAAAACAUGCCAAAUUGAGUCGACUGAAGAACCAAAGGGCAGCACAGAAAGAUUUUUAACAAAGCAAACAUCCUGAUGGGCUGCCGGUGAAGCUUUUGCAGGAGCUCAGUAAUGAACAAUUCCUCCUUUCAAUCACAACAAAUACAAGAUGUUCAUGUCAGAUUUGCCAAAUAUCUCCAGCAGCAAAGGAUAUUUUUCGCAUGUUUGCCUGAAAAUGAAACAUUUUAAUGAUUUUAGCAGUGAGGCCUACAUGUUGCAGGAGAGAGCAAUAUGCAUGAAGAUGUUUGCUGAUGUAUUGCAAGAACUCUAGUAUGAAGCCAAGGAAACCUUAAGAAUAAGAAAUCUGGUCAAUGCCAUAUAAUUUGUCAUUUCUCAAAUGAAAUGGAGUGAAUUUUAAUCGAGGCUGAGAAAAACUGUCAAUCUGUGCUUUUUCUAUUUACACAUGCCUGACACUGUGCACACACUUUGACCUUGUUACAUAAUCUGCCAUCAUCUUGUUUUCCUACAUGAGACUGUAAAGUAUAUGUUGGAUAUGUUGCUUUAAUCAGCUGGGGACCUGCUGUUGUUCUGCAGAAUACACUUCUGUGACUUUUAAAACACGGCUGUUUUCUUACUUGAAGUUAUUUAGAAGCUUAAUAAAAGACCAGACUGGUUGGGACUUUUCCCAAAAGAUGA